CAUCAAAUUGUGUUUUCAUUAUUUCAUCGUCAGAAAACAAAAAUCUACUAUAUAUAAAAAAAAAUGUCUUCAGUGUUGACGGAAAAUGUUGUACUUGUACGUACACGAUCUCAUGAUUUGAAUUCAGUGAAAAAACUUAAUUGCUGGGGAUGUACAUUGAAAGAUGUGUCUAUCGUGAAUCGAAUGCCUAAUGUUGAAGUUAUUUCUUUAUCUAUAAAUAGAAUCGAUACAUUGAAAUAUUUUGCAUCAUGUACAUUGUUACAGGAAUUGUAUUUAAGAAAAAAUGAAAUUGAAGAUAUUAACGAAAUUCUUCAUCUAUCACAAUUACAAUUUUUGAAGAAAUUAUCAUUGGAAGAUAAUCCAUGUACCAAUGUUGAUAAUUAUCGUUUGACCAUACUUAAAGCAUUGCCAAAUUUAGAAUUUCUGGAUAAUGUCAAAGUAACUGCUGAAGAAUUAUAUCAAGCAGAAAAAUUAGGUCGAGAAUUAAUAUGGCCUGGAACGGAAACGGUGGACGAUAUUGGUGAUGAAAUUAUUGAGAAUACAAGUGGCAAUGUCCAAUAUGAUAUGUCAAGAAAUUAUUCAGAAACAAAAUCAUCGUAUCCAGUUUUAUAUCAGGAACAAGUGUCCAAUAAUAGCAAUAAUAGCAGCAGCAGUAACAGUAGUAAUUGCCAAACAGUUACCUUAAGUAAUGGAUUGACACAGCAACAAACAAAUGAACAAUAUCAUCAACAACAGCAAUCAUCGAUGAAUGUUGGUGGAUAUAUUGAUCAACAACAAUUGAAUAAUAGUGGUAGUUCAGAAAAUGGUAGCACUAAUUCUGUAAUCAAUUCAUCAUCAUCAUCAUCAUUGUAUGGUAACAAUAAUAAUAAUACAUCAGCAACGAAUGGAAAUCGUAAUAAUUAUCAGCCACAACCACCACCAACACCGAUGAUGAAUGGUGGUAAUAAUAGUUCAUCGAACCUACAACAUCAUCUUCCACAGGCCAACAUACAAAAAUCGGCUAGUCCAAAUAAUAAUAAUCAUCAUAAUAAUAAAAAGACAAACAUGGCAAAAGCAAAUUCUUUAUCCGAUUAUAAUAUUUAUAGUACAAAUGGCAAUUUCCGUUGUUCUUCGCCAGCCUUAUCAGGAAAUCCUUAUGAGCCAAUGGAAUAUGGUUAUGAAAAUGGACAAAAUAUUCUGCAUAAUAAUAAUAAUAAUAAUACUGGUCAAUCAUCAUAUUAUAUGCCUAAUGUGAAUUCUACACGUGCAAAUCUACAAAGUGCUUCAUCAACAUCAAAUCGUGAACAACAACAACAACAACGAAUAUUGCCUAAAGGCGGUAGAAAUCGAAAUGCCAAUAUUCUUUCAGCUGUACUUUGUCUAAUCAAAGAACUUGAUUAUGGAAGCUUAGAAGUGGUUGAUACAACCAUACAUUGUCGUAUGGAAGAGAUGGAAGAUUGAAACUGGUCCACUAAUUGAAUGAUAAUAUUCGUUGCACAUUGUCAUCAUCAUUAUCAUUUUGAUCAUCAAGUGAAUUGGAAUAUUCCUUUGAUAAUACAUAAUUUUCUUUCAUCAUCAUUCAGAUUCAAAUUGCGAUAUUUUAGAAUCGUUUUUUUUCCUAAUUUAUAAAAGCAGCUUAAGAUUUGUGACAAUAUUCUAACAUUCCAUUUAUGAUAAUUUAUUUUCCUUUUCUUUUCUUUUUGUUGUUGAUCCAAAGUUUAAUCUCUAUAUUCAGUUUCUGGUUUUUUUCUUUUUUUUUUGUUUUUUCCAAACCAAUCACACAUACUGAUUUUGAUUGAAUUGGAUUUUUUUUUAAUUUCAAAAAAAAAAAUUUAUAUGCUAUACCACUAGAUGGCAGAAUGGAUACAUAAUAAACAUUUCCGAUUUUUACUGAUGCAAUUCA